CCGCUGCUCAGCUGCUGUCUGUAGCUGGGCGCGCAGGGAGGCGGCGAGCGCAGCUGGGCCGGGACUUCCUUCCUCUGCCGCAGGACAACAAAACAACCCGGCAGCAGGCACUGAGCUCUCGGCAGCUGUCUGGGCGAGAGGCGCAGCGAUGGGCUCCGUGCUUAGCAGCGAUAGCGGCAAAUCCGCCGCCGCCUCGGCCGGCCCGCGGGCCCUGGAGCGCAGGGGGGACCCGGAGCUGCCCGUCACGUCCUUCGACUGCUCAGUGUGCCUCGAGGUGUUGCACCAGCCCGUCCGGACCCGCUGUGGCCACGUAUUCUGCCGCUCCUGCAUUGCUACCAGCCUCAAGAACAAUAAGUGGACCUGCCCUUACUGCCGGGCGUAUCUCCCUUCGGAAGGAGUUCCAGCAACCGAUGUGGCCAAAAGAAUGAAGUCCGAGUACCAGAGCUGCGCUGAGUGCGACACCCUGGUUUGCCUCAGCGAAAUGCGGGCGCACAUAGGAUCCUGUCCGAAGUAUAUAGAUAAGUAUGGACCACUGCAGGAGCUUGGGGAGACGGCAACAAGGUGUGUGUGUCCAUUUUGUCAGAAGGAAUUGGAUGAAGACAACUUGCUGGAUCACUGUAUCACUCAUCACAGAUCAGAAAGGAGAUCCGUGUUCUGUCCACUCUGCCGAUUAUUACCUAAUGAAAACCCAAGCAGCUUCAGUGGCAGUUUAAUAAGACAUUUGCAAGUCAAUCACACUUUGUUUUAUGAUGAUUUCCUAGAUUUUAAUAUAAUUGAGGAAGCUCUUAUCCGAAGGGUCUUAGACCGGUCACUUCUGGAAUAUGUGAAUCACUCCAACACCACAUAAUUUUAUCCAAAGGAAAGGGAAGGAGACCAUACAAUUGCACCAUUUGUUAAGAUGCUGCUUGAGCAAUUAGAGGGAAAUUGUCAAUGUUCGAUGGGCAAAAAUGUACAACACAGUUAUAUGUUUGUCCAUGUUAAUUGUUAUAUUGCAUUUUAAAAUUGUUUUUAUUUCGAUGGUUUAAAUCUGUUUUACAUUCUUGACUUUCUUAGACACUUAACAAAAAUUAGUCUCCACCAGCCAUCAAGGUAUAGAAGAGAACAUGAGGCAGGAUAUGUGAGUGAAUGAUCUUUAUUUGCAAACUGGAUGAUACUAUGUAUAAUGCUGUAGAUUAAUAACUAUCAUCAUGGUUGGGCAAGAUAACUAAUAUUUGUUCUUUGUAAAAAAUGGAGAGUGAAACCAAGUAUGGACCUUCAAGGAAACCCGAAAUCUGCUCUAGUGCUUGUCUAAUCUCUAAUAGAAUAAUAUGGAUAGCCUGUGUCAGAGUAGAAAAGAAAAACCUUGGUAGUCAGCAAAGCCUGCUUAACUAAAUUGUAAAACAUAGUACUGUAAACAAAGUAAAUGUUGUGUUAACAGUGUAUACUUAAUCCUUCGACUUUUUAUAACUGUGCACAAUAAGAAUUUAGUAUUAUAUUUUUCAAAUAUUUGUAGCUUAUUAUUUAGAAAUAUUUCUAUAAUAUAGGUAAUUUCUUAAGGACCUUUAGCCGAUAUUUAUAGAAGUGUUCACAUCCAUAAUUUUUAGUGGAAAACCCCAAGGGCUUUGAUUUUCUUUUUACUUUCAUCUGUUAGAAAAAGAUAUAUAAAAUAUUAAUACUGAAAGCCAAACAGAAAAUGUAGGAAACAGUUUUAGAAGUCUGCCAGACACUCUGGAUGUCCUCUGUGUGUCCACUCACAGUUAUUAACUGUCUUCCACCAAAGUAAUCACUGGGGCACCUGGAUGGCUCAGUCGGUUAAGCGUCCGACUUCAGCUCAGCUCAUGAUCUCACAGUUCAUGGGU